AUGAAUAAUAUAAUAAAGAUUUUAAUAUUAUUUAUAGGAUUAUUUAUAAGCUAUUCCAAUUCAUCUAUAUAUUUAUCACAAAAUAAUAAUGGAACAAUAAAAGUAGUUCAAACAAUAGAACUAGGAGGACAAAUAAAAUUUGGAAUUCAAAUUGAAAAAGGUAAAACAAAUACCUUUAUGAUAGACUGGGAUCCUUUGGAAAGGAACUAUACUUCAAACUUUACGAUCACAGGUAGCGUUGGUGUUGAGGAAACAAUGGAUCUAGAUAUUGAAUAUCAAGAAACAAAAGUAUUCAUUGGCAUAUCAACUCCAUUUGAAUUUGAAUUCUAUGGAACCUUAAAAGCAUACGUAAAUAUUACUUGCAAAAAUCAAGAAUCGAGUGGAGAUUAUAUACUCUCAUUGACACCUUCAAAGAGUCCGGGAUCACCAAAACCUUUGAAUGAACCAUCAGAAUCAUCUUCCGAUAAAGAAUUUACAAAUCAAAGAUCAAUAAUUAUGAAAGGUGAUUCAAAUCGAUUAUACCCAUCUCUACUCCUAUUACUUGUAUUAUUAUUUACAACAACAACAACAAUUUUAAUAAAGUAA